UCACCCUACAACAAUCACUAAUACACCCCCAUACCAUCACACAUGCUGACUACCACACUUUCACCCUACAACAAUCACUAAUACACCCCCAUACCAUCACACAUGCUGGCUUUUACACUUUGCGCUUAGAACAAUCCAGAUGGUUCUUUUCCUCUUUUGUCCGGAGGACACGACAUCCACAGUUUCCAAAAACAAUUUGAAAUUUGAACUCGUCAGACCACAGAACACUUUUCCACUUUGCAUCAGUCCAUCUUAGAUGAGCUCCAGCCCAGCGAUGCCGGAGGCGUUUCUGGAUGUUGUUGAUAAAUGGCUUUGGCUUUGCAUAGUAGAGUUUUAACUUGCACUUACAGAUGUAGCCAUUAACUUUAGUUACUGACAGUGAUAUUCUGAAGUGUUCCUGAGCCAUUGUGGUGAUAUCCUUUACACUUUGAUGCAGUAUCGCCUGAGGGAUCGAAGGUCACUAGCAUUCAAUGUUGGUUUUGAGUCUUGCCGCUUACGUGCAGUGAUUUCUCCAGAUUCUCUGAACCUUUUGAUGAUAUUACGGAGCGUAGAUGAUGAAAUCCCUAAAUUCCUUGCAAUAGCUGCUUGAAAAAUGUUGUUCUUAAACAAUUUUCUCAUGCAUUUGUUGACAAAGUGGUGACCCUCGCCCCGUCCUUGUUUGUGAAUGAGUGAACAUUUCAUGGCAGCUGCUUUUAUAGCCAAUCUGUUAGACUUGUGUGGCAUAUUGUUGCCGGAUUCAGUCCUCCGUGGAUGCGUCAGCAAGAAGCAAAAAGGUAAGAACUAAGGGAUUUAUUCAACAAAAGGAGCUAUGAACAAAAACACUGGUAAAAAUAGAAAAGGCAAAUAAAAGCGCUAGCAUGGAAAGCUAGGUCGAACUAACCGAAACGCAAACAUUUGGCACAAAGGCACACAAAAGGAAACACAAAACAACGAGCGUGAAAGCUAAGAAUUAAAUAAAGCUUAGCGUGAGAGCUCGCGAAAUCGAGAGUGAGAGACAAAGUCAUAAGCAGUUGUAUGAGAACAAACUGAGUGAACAGGAACUAAGCCUGUCAGACCGCAGAGUGAUAGAAAAAUGGAACAAAAAUAACAAUAUGGUGAUGAUCCGACCAGCGGAUCACAACACAAUCACUUUAAAAGGUUUCAAAAACUGUCAACAAUACUUCAUUGACGUUCCAUGACCUGUAAAACGACCAAACUAACCACAUUUUUUUGUAGCCCAAUGCGGCCCCUAAGUCAAAAAUUUGGACACCCCUGAAUUGUCGGCCAUUUUACAAUCACAAGGAGCUGAUUUACGCAAAAAAAAAAAAUUUAAAAUUGGACUAAAUAUGCCGUAGAGCAGGGGUCACCAACCUUUCUGAAACCAAGAGCUACUUCUUGGGUAAAUAUAUAAAUGAUAAAUGGGUUGUACUUGUAUAGCGCUUUUCUACCUUCAAGGUACUCAAAGCGCUUUGACACUACUUCCACAUUUACCCAUUCACACACUGAUGGAGGGAGCUGCCAUGCAAGGCACUAACCAGCACCCAUCAGGAGCAAGGAUGAAGUGUCUUGCUCAGGACACAACGGGCGUGACGAGGUUGGUACUAGGUGGGGAUUGAACCAGGGACGCUCGGGUUGCGCACGGCCACUUGCCCACUGCGCCACGCCGUUAAUGCGAUUAAUGCAAAGGGCUACCAGUUUGAUACACACUUGGGGCGGCAUAGCUCGGUUGGUAGAGCGGCCGUGCCAGCAACUUUAGGGUUGCAGGUUUGAUUCCCGCUUCCGCCAUCCUAGUCACUGGCGUUGUGUCCUUGGGCAAGACACUUUACCCACCUGCUCCCAGUGCCACCCACACUGCUUUAAAUGGAACUUAGAUAUUGGGUUUCACUAUGUAAAGGCGCUUUGAGUCACUAGAGAAAAGCGCUAUAUAAAUAUCAUUCACUUAAAUAAAUUGCCAGAAAUAGUUAAUUUGCUCAAUUUAUCUUUAACUCUAUGUUAUUAAUAAUUAAUAAUAUUUAUCUUUGUGGAAACACUGAUCAUCUUAAUGAUUUCUCACAAUAAAUAUAUAUAUAGAAACAGAUCAAUAUUUUUAUGAUAUAUUUCGACUCUUUGAAAUUCAAAAUUUAACCGAAAAAAAAGAAAAGUGGCUAUUUUGAAUCUUUUUGAAAAAAAUUGAAAAAUAAUUUAUGAAACAUCAUUAGUAAUUUUUCCUGAUUAAGAUUAAUUUUAGAAUUUGGAUGAAAUGUUUUAAAUAGGUUAAAAUUAGAUCUGCACUUUGUCAAAAUAUAUAACAAAUUGGACCAAGCUGUAUUUCUAACAAAGACAAAAACAUUUUUUUAAUUUUAAUCACAAGUUUGAAGAAAUAUUUCACAAAUAUCCUUCGUCGAAAAAACAGAAGCUAAAAUGAAGAAUUAAAUUAAAAUGUAUUUAUUAUUCUUUACAAUUAAAAAAAAUACAUUUACUUGAACAUUGAUUUAAAUUGUCAGGAAAGAAGAGGAAGGAAUUUAAAAGGUAAAAAGUAUAUGUGUUUAAAAAUCCUAAAAUCAUUUUUAAGAUUGUAUUUUUUUCUCUAAAAUUGUCUUUCUGAAAGUUAUAAGAAGCAAAGUAAAAAAAAAAAAAAAAUGAAUUUAUUUAAACAAGUGAAGACCAAGUCUUUCAAAUAUUUUCUUGGAUUUUCACAUUCUAUUUGAGUUUUGUCUCUCUUAGAAUUAAAAAUGUCCAGCAAAGCGAGACCAGCUUGCUGGUAAAUAAAUAAAAUGUAAAAAAUAGAGGCAGCUCACUGGUAAGUGCUGCUAUUUGAGCUAUUUUUAGAACAGGCAAGCGGGCAACUCAUCUGGUCCUUACGGGCGACCUGCUACCCGCGGGCACCACGUUGGUGACCCCCGCUGUAGACUAUUAUUUCAACAGUGGGACGAUAUUAAAAAUAUUUGAAUGGCCCCUGUCUCCUUUCAUUUAUUUUCAGCGUACAGCCCUCAGUGAUAAAGGUUUGGACUCACUUGGUGUAAAGUAAGAGUGGAGUGCUUGACUUCUCCAGCACUACACAAUUCAACUGCUUCUUGGUAUCAAGAUAGUGUUUUUGUUUCAAUAUUUGUACAUUCAAUCAGUGAGUGUGCAAAAUGUGCACAGGUGGAAAUAUUUAUUAUUCAUUUUAGAUUUUCAUUGUUUUUGUUACGUUUUACUUUUGUUAGCGAUUGUGAAAUGUGAGAAUGUCCACAUUGUGAAGUCUCUCGCAGCCUGAAAGUACUGCAGUACUGUGAAGUGAAUUAUAUUUAUAUAGCGCUUUUUCUCUAGUGACUCAAAGCACUUUACAGAGUGAAACCCAAUAUCUGGGGCGGCAUAGCUCGGUUGGUAGAGCGGCCGUGCCAGCAACUUGAGGGUUGCAGGUUCGAUUCCCGCUUCCGUCAUCCUAGUCACUGCCGUUGUGUCCUUGGGCAAGACACUUUACCCACCUGCUCCCAGUGCCACCCACACUGCUUUAAAUGUCACUUAGAUAUUGGGUUUCACUAUGUAAAAGCGCUAUAUAAAUAUUUUUCACUUCACUUAAAUAAAUUGCCAGAAAUAGUUAAUUUGCUCAAUUUAUCUUUAACUCUAUGUUAUUAUUAAUAAUUAAUGAUAUUUAUCUUUGUGGAAACACUGAUCAUCUUAAUGAUUUCUCACAAUAAAUAUAUAUAUAGAAACAGAUCAAUAUUUUUAUGAUAUAUUUCGACUCUUUGAAAUUCAAAAUUUAACCGAAAAAAAAGAAGAGAAAAGUGGCUAAUUUGAAUCUUUUGGGUUUCACUAUGUGAAGCGCUUUGAGUCACUAGAGAAAAGCGCUAUAUAAAUAUAAUUCACUUCACUUCACACUUCAUCUAAGUUACAUGCAAAGCAGUGUGGGUGGCACUGGGAGCAGGUGGGUCAAGUGUCUUGCCCAAGGACACAACGGCAGUGACUAGGUUGGCAGAAGCGAGAAUUGAACCUGCAACCCUCAAGUUGCUGGCACGGCCACUGUACCAACCGAGCUAAACCGCCAAAAGGAGAAGCAGGUGCUGCGUAUGCUCGUGAGAGGAAGUCUUACCAAAUGAAGUUGCUCCCAUUUGCCGGCAAGCAUCUUGCUGAAGUCACAUGCAAACCUCAACAAAUUGAGCGGCGUAUAAAGAGCAAUGUGUGGGGUCAGCAGGCAGACAGCAGCCAUCAUGAACACCUCCUUGUCCGCCUACCAGCUCUUUUGCAUCCCUCCCGUCUUUGCCGUGGUGCUCUUGCUCUUUCCCAAGUUUUUCUCCAAGCGCCCCUGCAGUUCCCCGCUGGACGGCCGCGGCCACGCCGUCUUGAUAACGGGCUGCGACAGCGGCUUCGGAUACCAGCUGGCUCGCUGCCUGGACCAAAGAGGUUUCGUGGUCUUUGCCGGCUGUUUGUUUCCGCAGGGAAUGGGCGCCCAGAAUCUGGCCAGAGAGAGCUCCGGUCAUCUACAACUCCUCAAACUGGACGUCACCAGUGAUGCGGAUGUGCGGCAGGCAAAGACCAUGGUCCAGGACAACCUGCCAGAAAAAGGUCUGUGGGCCGUGGUCAACAAUGCUGGUAUUUCAGAUUGGGCCGAGAUAGAAUGGAGCACCAUUGAAGACUUCCGCCACAUGGUGGACAUCAACCUGUUUGGCUGCAUCAGGACCACCGUGGCCUUCCUGCCUUUGCUGCGUGCUGCUAAAGGCCGGAUGGUUUUUGUGUCCAGCAUCUUUGCCUUCUUCAACUGCCUGAACAUGGCCUGCUACAGCGUGUCCAAGAGAGGACUGGAGGCCUUUGCCGACUGCCUGCGGGUGGAAAUGGCCAGCUUCGGUGUGAAGGUGAGCAUCAUUCAGCCAGGUAACUUCGGCCAAGCCACCAACAUCGUGAAGAUGAAGACACAGUCGGAUAUUUGGGCUAAGUUUGAUGAGGAGCGCAAGCAAACCUUCAACCAAGACUACAUAAAGAUGGCCAUCGAGUACUUUGUCUCAACAUGCAGGACAGGAUUCACCAAUGCGGACAAGGUCAUCGCCGCCAUGUUGCACGCAGUUACGGCGCCCUCCCCGAAGAACAGAUAUAUGAUCGUUUCAGCCACGGAUCGGCUUUUCUUCCAGCUCUACCCUUACCUGCCCACGGCGCUCACAGAUGCCAUCUUUUCUCUCAGCUCCAUGUACGCCAAAAGAAAAGAAAUGCUUUAUUCGAAGUAGAUUAUACAAGUACUUUAUUUUUGUCAACAUUUAACUGUUGUUCCUCCUAUUAUUUGUGUGUGUGACGCCAACACUUGCAACACAUCCACAAUGUGCAUGUACACAAGAUUUCAUGCCGGCUUAUGUAUAUUAUGUACCGUGAACACAAACAACUGGGAACCAUUUCUGAAUUAAAUGUUUCUGCUCUUUUCCAAA